CACAUAGCUGCUCAACAGAUACUGUGGGAGUGCCCAGUGCAGCUCACUGUGCAUUGAAAAUCAAUGUACGUCAUUAACAUUUUCCAUUCCCCAACUUCCAGAAUAUUUCCCCCAUGGUUUGUAGACCAGCUGAAGGAUCGUGUGGAAGCUGAGAGAGAAAUUAGAGGAAAACUGCUGAAAGAGCCUGUCUCUACUGAUAUGGUUGACACCAUGUGGGUGACUAACCUGGUAGCCAUGGCCCUAUUGGCCACUGCAGCCUCCGCUGCCACCGCCGCCUCAGCAGACAAGGUCUUGAGCAACCACGCCACCCUGCUGGCUGACAACAGCGCCAGCCUGGCCUUCAGCCUCUACCAGAACAUAGCCAAGGAAAAUGACCUGGAGAACAUCCUCAUCUCCCCGGUGGUGGUGGCCUCUUCCCUGGGCCUGGUGGCACUCGGGGGCAAGGCAUCCACUGCCUCCCAGGUCAAGACCGUGCUGAGCGCUAACAAAGUGGAGGACGAGCAGCUGCAUGCUGGUCUGGCCGAGCUCCUGGAGGAGGUCAGCGACUCCAAGGCCCGUAAUGUCACCUGGAAGAUCAGCAACCGCCUAUACAGCCCCAGCUCGGUCAACUUUGCAGAUGCCUUUGUCAAGAGCAGCAAGAAGCACUACAAAUAUGAACACACAAAGAUAAACUUCAAGAACAAGAAGAGCGCUGUGAAGUCCAUCAACGAUUGGGCGGCCAAAUCCACCGAUGGCAAGCUGCCCGAGGUAACCAAGGAUGUGGAGAAGACCGAUGGGGCCAUGAUCAUCAACGCCAUGUUCUUUAAACCCCAUUGGAAUGAACAGUUCCACCAUAAGAUGGUGGACAACCGUGGCUUCCUGGUGUCUCACACUCACACUGUUGGUGUACCCAUGAUGCACCGCACAGGUAUCUAUGGCUUCCACGAAGACACAGUGAAUAAGCUGUUCAUCCUGAGCAUGCCCCUGGCCCAUAAGAAGUCCAGCCUGGUGUUCUUCAUGCCCUACCACGUGGAGCCCCUGGAGAGGCUGGAGAAGCUGCUGACCCGCAAGCAGCUGGAAGACUGGAUGGGCAAGCUAAAGGAGACGGCUGUUGCUGUGUCUCUGCCCAAAGUCUGCAUGGAAGUCAGCCACAACAUCCAGAAACACCUUGGGGAGCUGGGUCUGACUGAGGCUGUGGAUAAGACCAAAGCGGACCUGUCCAACAUCUCUGGGAAGAAGGACCUGUAUCUGUCCAAUGUAUUCCAUGCCUCUGCCAUGGAGUGGGACACCGAUGGGAACCCCAUAGACAUAAGCAUCUUCAGCACAGAUAAGCUGAAGAACCCCAAGCUGUUCUACGCUGACCAUCCCUUCAUCUUCCUGGUGAAGGACACCAAGACCAACUCCAUCCUCUUCCUCGGCAGACUGGUGCGACCUAAGGGCAAGAAGAUGAGAGAUGAAUUAUAACACUUUGGAGUCUUAUGUGAAGUGUUUUUGUAUUUGUGCGUGUUAUGGUGUUUAUGUGUUUGUAUUUUUCUAUGCAAAGAGAGGAAAGGGAGAAAAUGAAUUGUACGUUUAAUACCUCAAGAGUACAUUCCCAUUUGAUGAUCAAUGUGCCAACAUUUGUUCCUGUUGUUCACUAUGCAUGAUUCAGAAUUAUAUGUUUGUGUUGUAAGAAACAAAGUAUUGUGUACUCUAACUUCACCUGGACAUGGUAUUAUCAUCAAGCCUGGUUUCAAAACUGAAUAUCGCCCCAUUUCACAAAAGAGAGUGAUAUUGGGUUUGGUCACCCUCAUGUUUGAGUAUUUAAAUUAAGAUGAGAUCACAGGAUGGAUACUUACAUUUAACUAUUGCUUAAAUGUAAAAUAAUCAUUCCUCUGUUUUCCUCUCCUGUCUCCAGUUGGGAUCCCAACUGAUUGCACACUCUUUCACUUCACUUUGGAUUAUAGGCUAUUUUUCUGUUGUAGUUGUUUAUUUUAAUUUCACCGAAUCAACAUCAACUUACUUUCAAUAACUAAUUGAACCUUUAUUUUACUAGGCAAGUCAGUCAAGAAAAAAAAUAUUAUUUUACAAUGACAGCCUACCCUGGCCAAACCUAACCCGGACAACACUGGGCCAGUUGUGCGCUGCCCUAUGGGACUCCCGAUCAUGGCCGGUUGUGACACAGCUCAGGAUCAAACCAGGGUCUGUAGUGACAACUUUAGCACUGAAAUGCUGUGCCUUUGACCACUGCACCACUUGGGAGCCCACUCAUCCAUUUGAUAGUCAUUCAAAGGGGCUGAGAAAAUUGCUACUUUUUUUUUUUUUUGCCAGGAUUACCAUAUACAUUUCACCAAAUAUCAAAUUGUGAGUUUGUGAAAUUUGUGUGGGCUCUUCCAAUAUCUUUAAUGUUUAAAGUAAAAACAAUUUUUUCACAAGCUUUUUCACAGGUUUACAACCUGGUGCCAGCCUUUUGUUCACUCCCCCAAAGAACAUUCAUCUAUGACCCAAGGGUCACGCCUCUGUCUGCUACUCUGCUUGGCUUUUUACUGAUCCAUACUGAAGACACUGCACAGCACUCUAUAGCUAACUUACUAGUGAAAGAAAAAAAGUAUCAGGGAUCAAGGUAAGACCCAGAUGCAGACUGUCGAAGUAACAAUGUUUAUUGUAGCAACAGGGGCAGGUGGGCUCAGGGUCAGGGACAGGCAGAGUUCAGUAAUCCAGAGGUGGAGCAAAGGUACAGGACGGCAGGCAGGCUCAGGGUCGGGCAGAGAGGUCAGGCGGGCGGGUACAGGGUCAGGACAGACAAAGGUCGAAAAUCAGGAGGAUGAUUAAAGAGAGGCUGGGAAACAAUAGGAGCUGACAGUAAAAAUGCUGGUAAGCUUGAAUGAACAAGACGAACUGGCAACAAACAGAAUGAGAAAACAGGUAUAAAUACACAAGGAAUAAUAGGGAAGAUGGGCGACACCUGGAGGGGUUGUGGAGACAAGCACAAGGACAGGUGAAACAGAUCAGGGCGUGACAGAAAGGCCAUGUCUAUGGAAGGCUUUUGACUAAUCAGUCUUGUCUCCAACACUAUCACCUUUUGCCACAAAAAAAAAAAUUUGGGAACAAUGGAAUGGUAUGAGAUAUUUACAAGUUUCCUAUUUUUCCCAUAAAAUGGUAAUACAAA